ACUCUACUGCUUCUCUCCUUCUUCUUCUUCUUAUGCGCUUGCGUAAAGUUCUUCGCGGUGACUUUGUGAAAGUUUUCAAAUUUAAAUAAAAAUAUUAAUUAAAAGGAAUUCAAUAGCUGAGAAGCAAAGGAGCAACUUCUGUAGUAGAAAAAAGCUCAGCUAUCUGAAAAUCGACAUCUGGAACUUGUGUCCAAGCGAAGAAGCUUAAGUGCGUUUUUAUAUUUUGACUAAAUUGCCCAUUAAUAAUCAAUCAAUAUGUCAGACUGGGGAGAUGAGCCCUCUGCUCCUACUCAAAGUGCCGAUGGCGGAGAUUGGGACGAUGUCCCAGCUGCCAAUCCUCAAAAGGAGGUCACCGGGUGGAGCGAUGAUGAGGACAAUGGCAAGAGCUCUGGCGGAAGAGGCAGGGUUGGAGGCGGCUUUCGCAAGGAAGGAGAUCGAGAUGGAGAUGGCGAUGGAGGUGGUUUCCGCGGAGGUCGCCGCGAAGGAGGCGGCGGCGGUUUCCGAGGCCGUCGCGACGGCAAUGAGGACGGCGAAGAACGUCGUGGAGGCCGCGGAGGCUUCAACCGUGAGCGAGGAGAACGCGGUGAGAAAGGGGAAGGAGGUGAAAGACGUCGCCGUAAUGAUGACGAUGUCAACAACAAUAAUGAGGUUGCCGAUGAUGGCGAGAAGAAAAGAGAAUUUUACAUUCCACCCGAACCCACUAACGAUGUCACUGAGAUCUUUAGUAGUGGCAUCACUUCGGGAAUUAAUUUUUCUAAAUAUGACAACAUUCCUGUUAAGGUAAGCGGCGAGAAUGUGCCAAAAGCUAUUAAGAGCUUUGAGGAGGCUCAAUUACGCAGCAUUAUUGGGGAGAACGUGACCAAAUCAGGCUACAAAGUUCCGACUCCAAUCCAGAAAGUCUCCAUUCCGGUGAUUGCUGAUGGCCGUGAUUUGAUGGCUUGUGCUCAGACAGGUUCGGGAAAAACGGCUGCUUUUCUGUUGCCUAUUCUCAGCAAAUUGCUGGAUGAUCCCCAAGAUCUGGAGAUUGGAAAGCCACAGGCGGUAAUUGUAUCUCCGACUAGGGAAUUGGCGAUACAGAUCUUUAGCGAAGCGAGGAAGUUUGGCUUCGAUUCAUAUCUAAAGAUUAGCAUUGUUUACGGCGGCACCUCGUUCAAGCAUCAGAAUGAGUGCAUUACCAAAGGCUGCCAUGUACUUAUAGCGACACCGGGACGUCUACUGGACUUUGUGGAGCGGACCUUUAUUACAUUCGAUGACACUCGCUUCGUUGUGUUGGACGAGGCCGAUCGGAUGCUGGAUAUGGGCUUCUCGGAAAGCAUGCGCAAAUUUAUGUUCCACUCGACAAUGCGUCCGGAGCAUCAAACAUUGAUGUUUUCGGCCACUUUUCCGGAGGAGAUUCAGCGCCUGGCGGGCGAGUUCUUGAAGGACUAUGUCUUCGUAACCAUAGGUGUAGUUGGAGGAGCCUGUUCGGAUGUGCUACAGACCAUCCACGAAGUUAACAAGUUUAACAAGCGAUCCAAGCUAAUGGAAAUCUUGCGCGAGCAAGCAGAUGGCACUAUAGUCUUUGUAGAGACCAAGCGUGGUGCCGACUUCUUGGCUUCGUUCUUAUCGGAAACCGAAUUUCCGACUACCUCAAUCCAUGGCGACCGUCUUCAGAGUCAACGCGAGCAGGCCUUGCGUGAUUUCAAAAACGGCACUAUGAAGGUGAUCAUAGCCACUUCAGUGGCGGCACGUGGUCUCGACAUCAAGAAUAUCAAGCAUGUGAUCAACUUUGACAUGCCCAACAACAUUGAUGACUAUGUUCAUCGCAUUGGACGCACAGGUCGUGUGGGCAACAAUGGUCGUGCCACCUCAUUCUUUGAUCCGGAUCAGGAUCGUGCUCUCGCAUCGGACUUGAUCAAAAUCCUGCAAGGAUCUGCUCAGACGGUUCCCGAGUUCCUCAGCGAUAUGGGCGGCGGCGGUGGUGGUGGCUACUCCUACAAAAAGUUUGGUGGCGUCGAUGUCCGUGGUGGUGGAAAUGCCGUCUCUGAUCCAGUCAACGCCGAGGCUGACCAGGACUGGGACUAAUUAAAAAAUUUGGGACAUAAUUGUUUAACUAGUUAAACAUAACAAAUUAAGAUUGACUGAGUCUUCGCCUCGUUUAAUUUCGAAACUCUGUAGGCGAUAUAUAAAUAAUAUAUAAUAGCCUUAACAUUUCUCAAACGCAAGAUCAGAAUAUUUGCGCAAACUGUGUUAAGUUUAAAUAUGUGUAAAAUAAAACAUUUUCAAUUCAAAA